GAAGGACGCGCUAGCGCAUGCGCAGAAGGCAGCGGGCGGGUGGGCUGGCAGCGGUGGACUCGCGUCGGAGCCGCGGGCGGUCAGCAGGAAUCUGACACUGGGGCAUGAAUAUUAAGCUGUUUGGCUCUAAGCUGUGUUAGCAGGAACCUUCGCUGGAAGAGCAAUGGCUGCGGCUGCAGCGGCUUCUCACCUGAACCUGGAUGCCCUCCGGGAAGUGCUAGAAUGUCCCAUCUGCAUGGAGUCCUUCACUGAAGAGCAGCUGCGACCCAAGCUGCUGCACUGUGGCCAUACCAUCUGCCGCCAGUGUCUGGAGAAGCUCCUGGCCAGCAGCAUCAAUGGCGUCCGCUGUCCCUUUUGCAGCAAGAUUACUCGCAUCACCAGCCUGACCCAGCUGACCGACAACCUGACGGUGCUGAAGAUCAUUGACACAGCUGGGCUCAGUGAGGCCGUCGGGCUGCUCAUGUGCCGAGGCUGUGGCCGGCGGCUGCCUCGGCAGUUCUGCCGAAGCUGUGGUGUGGUGUUGUGUGAACCCUGCCGGGAGGCAGAUCACCAACCCCCUGGCCACUGCACACUUCCGGUCAAGGAGGCAGCUGAGGAGCGGCGGAGAGACUUCGGGGAGAAGUUGACUCGCCUAAGGGAACUUACUGGAGAGCUGCAGAGGAGGAAGGCAGCCUUGGAGGGCGUCUCCAGGGAUCUUCAGGCAAGGUAUAAGGCUGUUCUUCAAGAGUAUGGCCACGAGGAGCGUCGCAUCCAGGAAGAACUAGCCCGCUCGCGGAAGUUCUUCACAGGCUCCUUGGCUGAGGUCGAGAAGUGCAACAGUCAGGUUGUAGAGGAGCAGAGUUACCUUCUCAACAUUGCUGAGGUGCAGGCCGUGUCUCGCUGUGACUACUUCCUAGCGAAGAUCAAGCAAGCUGAUGUAGCCCUCCUGGAGGAGACAGCGGAUGAGGAGGAGCCAGAGCUCACUGCCAGCUUACCCCGGGAGCUUACCCUGCAAGAUGUGGAGCUCCUUAAAGUAGGGCAUGUUGGUCCGCUGCAAAUUGGCCAGGCCGUUAAGAAGCCCCGGACAGUUAACAUGGAAGAUUCCUGGGCAGGGGAGGAGGGAGCAGCAUCUUCUGCCUCAGCCUCGGUAACCUUUCGAGAGAUGGACAUGAGCCCUGAGGAAGUAGUUCCCAGCCCUAGGGCUUCCCCCGCGAAACAGCGGAGUUCUGAGGCAGCUUCCGGAAUCCAGCAGUGUCUGUUUCUCAAGAAGAUGGGGGCGAAAGGCAGCACUCCCGGCAUGUUCAAUCUUCCAGUCAGUCUCUACGUGACCAGUCAGAGUGAGGUGCUGGUUGCCGACCGGGGCAACUAUCGCAUCCAAGUGUUCAACCGCAAAGGCUUUUUGAAGGAGAUCCGCCGCAGCCCCAGCGGCAUUGAUAGCUUCGUGCUGAGCUUCCUUGGAGCCGACUUGCCCAAUCUCACUCCGCUUUCAGUGGCCAUGAACUGCCAUGGGCUGAUUGGUGUCACUGAUAGCUACGACAACUCCCUUAAAGUCUAUACCUUGGAUGGCCACUGUGUGGCCUGUCACAGGAGCCAGCUGAGCAAACCAUGGGGCAUCACAGCCCUACCGUCCGGCCAGUUUGUGGUGACUGACGUGGAAGGCGGGAAGCUCUGGUGUUUCACUGUAGAUCGAGGAGUAGGAGUGGUCAAAUACAGCUGCCUCUGCAGUGCUGUGAGGCCCAAGUUUGUCACCUGUGAUGCUGAAGGCACAGUCUACUUCACCCAAGGCUUGGGGCUCAAUGUGGAAAACCGACAGAAUGAACACCACCUGGAGGGCGGCUUCUCCAUCGGCUCUGUUGGCCCUGACGGUCAGAUGGGCCGGCAGAUCAGCCACUUCUUCUCUGAGAAUGAAGAUUUCCGCUGCAUCGCUGGCAUGUGUGUGGAUGCUCGGGGCGACCUCAUUGUGGCAGAUAGCAGCCGCAAGGAAAUUCUCCAUUUUCCCAAGGGUGGUGGCUAUAGCGUCCUUAUUCGAGAGGGCCUUACCUGUCCAGUGGGCAUCGCCCUCACACCCAAGGGGCAGCUGCUGGUCUUGGACUGUUGGGAUCACUGCGUCAAGAUCUACAGCUACCAUCUGAGAAGAUAUUCCACCCCUUAAAAGAUGAGAAAUACCACUUUCUUCUUUCCCUCCGUGGAAUUUCCAUCCCUUUCCUUCCUUCCUUCUUUCCUUCCUUCCUUGUUGAUGGUGCCGUAGAGUAGAUGUGGCCUGUGGCCUGAUUCUAGUAGGGUUGCUCUAGAAUCGUAGAAGCUCUAGUUUUCAGUGAUUUUGUUUGUUAUGCCCCUCUUCCCCCCUCCCCCUCCCCUUUUCUCCUUCUAACUUUAGAGCUUAGAGCUUUAACAGGUACCUUAUCCCAAAUAGAAUAGAUGAUGCUCUUAGCAGAAGUUGCUUAGAAAUUAGGGACUUCCAAGGCUUUAGUAGAGAGAACCACUUUAGUCCUUUGCCCUUGUGUUUGAAAUUUGUAUUGGUAUUGAAUAGUCAUUGAUCUUUCCCUUUGGACUCUGAGGUCCCUAGUCUACUGUCUCCUUCCUGUUACAGUGUGCUUCGUCUGUGGCUUUAACUCUGGCUGCAUUCUGUGUGCAUGCUCCAGUGGAAUCUGCUUGACCCUUCAGUGAUAUUAUAUUCUGUAGCAUGGUGUCUCCUUUUUGAUCACCUUUACCAGUGUGAGAGUGUAUCAUUAAGUGCCACCAAAGGUGACACAUAGUCCCUUUGAAAGCAGGACCUCUUGACGGGAAUUUCUGCCACCAUAGAUUGUCUUCUCAUUGCAGAUGUGCCAGAGGAUGGUUUGACUGACCCUAGUUGGAUAGUGUUGAACACUUCAGUCCAGAAAUCACUUACCUUUUAAAGGAGUUUAUACGUUAGAAUUAUGCCUUGGUCAAGGCAGACGGGAACAUAUAAGCAGAUGCUAACAUAUCCAGCAAACGUGGGAUACUUUCUAGGGCUCAAAGCGUUUUGUACUCCUUCCACUGAUCUACGCUAAGAAUUAUUGGAAGAACUGUGUAAAGUGGGCUUCGACCAACAAUGUGGGGAGGUUGACACAUCCAUUUUCAUUACUAAAGAACAAACCGUUAGGUAGCUAGCCCUGUAUUUUCUUCAAGCGAGUGCAUAUUGUUUGACUUGGAGAUUUAUCUCUGUUCUACCAAGCAUUAAACUAAUAAAACUAAUAACUUUCUUCAUCACUGA